AUGCCCAAAUCCAAGCGCAACCGCAUCAUACACACGUCCGUCGUGCAGAAGAAACCGUCCAAGGAACGCGGCGUGGCCCUCUACGAAAAUGUGCAAACAGCAAUCUCCUCCUUCGCCCACAUCUUCGUCUUCGACGUCGCCAACAUGCGCAACACCUACCUCAAAUCCGUCCGACAAAACUUCUCCGACAGCAGAAUCUUCUUCGGCAAAACAAAAGUCAUGGCCAAAGCCCUCGGCCAAACGCGCGAGACGGAACACGCGCCGGGAUUGUGGAAGUUGAACGCCUAUCUCAAAGGAAGUGUGGGAUUGCUCUGUACGAAUCGUGCGCCGGAGGAAGUAUUGAACUUCUUCGCUGAAUACGUCGAGGUGGAUUUCGCGCGGGCGGGCACAGAGGCGAGUCGGACGGUGGUGAUUCCCGCGGGAGUCGUCUAUUCCCGAGGAGGAGAGGUUGCAGUGGAGGAUGAUGUGAUGCUGCCGCAUUCGUUGGAGGUCAUGGUGCGAAAGUGGGGAAUGCCGACGAGGUUGGAUAAGGGGAAAGUCGUGCUGGAUCAGGAGUACACUGUGUGUCAACAAGGCAAGGAGCUGAACAGCCAUCAAUCUGCUUUGCUGAAGCUUUUUGGAAUGGCGACGGCGGAUUUCAAGGUGGAGAUUCUGGCGUAUUGGAGUGCCGCUACAAGCGAGGUCACCAAGGUGGAUCAGGAUGCGGGCGCAAUGGAGGAGGGUUGA